AGUUCGCGGCUGGAGAGCUGUGGCCGAACCGCUGCUGAAGAUAAGGUUGAACGCAUCCAUCCCGGACCCCGCGCGGCUGGCCUCCAACCCGCGGAAGACGGGCAUGCUGGCAUGGCAGGACGGCGGGGCCAAGGCGGCCCCCUCUCACCACAAGAUCUCCUUCUCGGUCCUGGACAUCUUGGAUCCGCAGAAAUUCACGCGAGCUGCUCUCCCGCCCGUGCGUCUCGCAGCCCUGGAAGCCAAGAAAAGUUUAGUGGAGGUGGAAGCAGGUGAAGAUGCCUGCUCGGGGAAUCCAAUCGGGUCACAGGAGACCCCUGAUGCGGUGGGCGGAGGCACUGAUCCCGCGUCCCCGGUGGAAGGCUCUGAGGCGGAAGAGGAGGAAGAAGCUGAGGAUGCCGGGCGCGCGCAGCGGCCAGAGCGCUGGCAGGGGGCCCACGCGGGCUCAUUAGAGGCCGGGGCAGUGGCGGUGGGAACGGAGGAGAGCGGCGCGGAUGGCCUCCCGGCGUCCCCCGGCUCUCCCGGUUCCCCACGGCCUCGACGCCGGCGAGCGGAGUCCAGCUGCGCCAAGCCACGGCGAGCACGCACCGCCUUCACCUACGAGCAGCUGGUGGCCCUAGAAAACAAGUUCCGAGCCACGCGCUACCUGUCGGUGUGCGAGCGCCUGAACCUGGCCCUGUCGCUCAGCCUCACGGAGACACAGGUCAAAAUUUGGUUUCAGAACCGCAGGACCAAGUGGAAGAAGCAGAACCCAGGGGCUGACGGCGCUGUGCAGGCGGGAGGCAGUGCGCCUCAGCCUGGGACACCCAACGCGGUGACGGGGGGCGGUGGUAGUGCCACUGGGAGUAGUCCUGGCCCGCCGGUUCCCGGCGCUUUGCCCUUUCAGACUUUCCCCACCUAUCCUGCGACCAACGUCCUCUUCCCUGCCGCCUCCUUCCCGCUGACGACCACCGCCACCGGGAGUCCCUUCACUCCUUUCCUUGGUCCCCCCUACUUGACCCCUUUCUAUGCUCCACACCUAUGAAUCUGGUACUGCUGCUCAGUCAGAAUUCACGAGUGAUCAAGUGUGGUAACGCGGGUCCCCGCUUCACAGAGGGGCACUGACUGCCCCCUCCUGGUGUGCUGGUGACUAUGUACCCCUUCCCUCUAGCUGCUCAUGACACCACCAGAGGGCGAGGAGAAGCCACCUGCUGGACUACAUACAACCACACAAGCCACUGAGGGGCUCGAGAAGGUAUCCAGAACAGGUUGUUAAAAACCUUCCAGCUUCUGGACCUCAUUCUUCGCUUUCAUUUACUCCGAGGGCUCUGCUUUUAAAGUGUCUGUGUAGUCAGUACCAGGUUAAUAGGAGUUCCCAGGAUGGAGGAUGGAGACCGGAGGGAGCCAAGAUGCUCUGGGCACCAGUUGCUAGCACCAAGGACUGAAUCUUUACAGGUUGCAGUACAAACAAAGAGAAGGAAACUUUCCUUCCUGGCGGUGGCAGUGGCUCAGCACAAUACUCCCAAAUCCUGAACAAAGCUGGAGAGAAACUCAAAGCAGAUGCAACUGUUUUGUGGGCUGUUUUCAAGAUGCAGAACUCAGCAUCUCUAGAUCUUCAUGUGAAAUUCAGACUUGAGCCAGUUCCAGAAGUUAACUACGUAGCUUGUUCUUCAGAAAGCCACAGCCUUACUUUUUUUGGUGAGGACUCCACUAGUGCCCCCGAAGUUGUUCAGCACUGUAAAUAGACUGACCCAGAGAAGAAGACACCACUCUGUUGCCUCACAGGUUUUGAGAACAGCUUGACUCGACCACAGCAGUGCCCUGAAUGCACAGAAAGAACAGUAAAGGGAGCGAUGACUCAAAGGCUAUCCUGAAGUCUGCGUUCGCACUGUCACGAUGUGCAGUGCUUGGUGCUUACCUGUCGGUCCUGCUACACCUUCAUGGACUUCCAAACUGACGAGCUCCAGCAGCAGACAUUGCACUCAGGCAUUUAACUGUAUUUCUGAAAGCACAAACAUAACCUAUUUAGAUAACCUGAGAUUCUGACUUGAAAACAAUUCUUGCUCUAAAUAGAUUUUUUCCCCCUUUAUGAUGGGGAAGAAGCAAAAGUUGUAAGGGGCCGGGAAAAGAAAUACUUGCUAACUGUAAGGAGUUAUUGUGGAGGCCAAAACCUUGUCUGGAAUGGGUUCAAGGGUACUUAUGUUCUAACUGCUGCUUUCUCUGUUAAAACAAAGCAAAGGUACUCUGUAAACUCAACGGUUUGAAAUACCAGUUUUCUGUGUCUUGUAGUCACAUACCUCAGAGACCCAGAUGACCCCAUCUACCCUAUUUUGUGUUCCAUCCUUACUUUUUUAGUGGUUUGAUGGCAGAAUAAUGUAUUUCUUACUAUUAUUCCUCAGCAACCUGUACCAUUAAAAAUUAAACAUGCCCGCUGAUGGUGGUGGAUGCCUUUAAUUCCAGCACACUAGAGGCAGAGGGAGGUGGGCCUUGUGAAUUUGAGGCCAGCCUGGUCUACAGAGCUGGUUUUAGGACAUCCAGGGCUAUACAAAGAAACUGUGUCAAAAACCAAAAAGCGGGGUUGGGGAUUUAGCUCAGUGGUAGAGUGCUUGCCUAGCAAGCGCAAGGCCCUGGGUUCGGUCCCCAGCUCUGGAAAAGAAAAAAAAAGAAAAAACCAACCAACCAAACAAACAAAAAGCAAAAAGCAAAGCAAAACAAAACAAAACAAAAAAAAUCUAAUCAUCAAUAGCUUUAAAUUAAGCAUACACAUUGGAAUUCUGAACAUUAGAACAUUGAAACAAUUCACUUUAUUAUCAUGAGGAAUGCUAGGAAAAUAUCCCUUCUUUCCUCCACCUUCAGUGAAGCUUUCAUGUCCUGGGACUGUAAGAUUUCUCAGUAUGAGUUACAUCAUUGUAUAACUGAUAAUUAGAUUCUGCUUCUUCUAUUCUGAAGAACAGUUUCUCCAAAUGCUGUAUUGUAACUUCUCAAAGGACAGCUGGUGCCAGAGGAGAUUAGAGACGAAGUUACUGCAGUAGGGAGCACAGUUUUAUUCACCAUGUGUGCUGAUAAACGCUCCUUCCCUGGCUACUCGUUCUCAACAGCGGAAUCCAUAUCUGUGAACAGAGAACUUCAAAUAUGCAAAGGUCUGAACGAAGAGGUCAAAGGUCUGUACUAAGUGGGAAACUGUGCCCCAGGUACCAGAAUCACGGGCUUCAGAGGAGGUAAUGGCCCAGCCUUGGCUGUCAUUACCGAGACCCUGCCUCAUUCCACAUGUUGUCAGAGUGAUGUCGGAAAUGCGUGACUUUGGACAUAUUACAAGGCCCAGUAACAUUUCAACUAACCCCCUAGACUCGUCUCUAUUGGUGUGUUAGCCUAAUAAAUUCUUUUUU